UUUCUCCACGUUUACCAGGAAGUAAAGGUCUGUCCACUGAUAAGUCUGCUUUAAAUGAACCGACAGUCUGUCCCUCAGCUCCCGCUUUCCUCUGUCACCGACUCUGCUAACCGGCUUUUUCUUCAGAGACAACUCCGUUUUAGGGGAAAAUACAGCUGAGGCCGACAGGAUGGCGGAGAAGGUGCUGGUCACGGGCGGGGCGGGCUACAUCGGCAGCCACUGCGUGGUGGAGCUCAUCCACGCUGGGUACCAGCCCGUGGUCGUGGACAACUUCAGCAACGCCGUGCGAGGAGAGGGUGGUGUCGCGGAGAGCAUACUGAGGAUAGAGAAGCUUCUGGACACCAGCAUCGAGUUUCACGAGUUGGACCUUCUGGACCGACCCGGACUGGAAAAACUCUUUAAAAAGCACUCCUUCAGCUCCGUCAUGCACUUCGCUGGCCUGAAGGCGGUGGGAGAAUCGGUGGAGCAGCCUCUGCGCUACUACAGAGUCAACCUCACCGCUUCCAUGAACCUGAUUGAGGUGAUGCAGACUCACAAGGUGCGCAAUUUGGUCUUCAGCAGCUCGGCAACAGUGUACGGAGACCCCCAGCGCCUCCCCAUAGACGAGCAGCACCCCGCGGGCGGCUGCACCAACCCCUACGGCAAGACCAAGUACUUCAUCGAGGAGAUGAUCAAGGACCACUGCAGAGCUGAAGAGGACUGGAAUGCGGUGCUGCUGCGAUAUUUCAAUCCCAUUGGAGCUCAUUCCUCUGGUUUGAUCGGCGAGGACCCUCAGGGUAUUCCCAACAACCUGCUGCCAUAUGUUGCCCAGGUUGCCGUUAGAAGGAGAGAGUGUCUCAGCGUGUUUGGAAAUGACUAUAACACACCUGAUGGCACAGGUGUGCGCGAUUACAUCCACGUGGUGGAUCUGGCAAAGGGACACAUAGCGGCGCUGAAGAAGCUGAAGGAAAAUUGCGGGUGCAAGGUUUACAACCUGGGGACGGGAAGAGGCUACUCCGUCCUCCAGAUGGUAAAAGCAAUGGAAAAGGCAUCAGGGAAGGAGAUUCCGUACAAGAUCGCCCCCCGUAGAGGAGGGGACGUAGCAUCCUGCUACGCUGACCCUCAACUGGCCGAGAAGGAGCUGGGCUGGAAGGCUGAGUUUGACCUGGAAAGAAUGUGUGAGGAUUUGUGGCGCUGGCAGUCCAUGAACCCCACGGGUUUUUGCAACGGCACCUCUUGAUGCAGCAGCAGCAUCCUGUCGUUACUUUCCAAUCACCAAAGCAAACCUUUGAUUUACCUCUGACCUCACACAACAUUCGCUCAUUCUGAGAUUAAGAUAUUUUUUAAAUACAUGUUUGAUUGUCUAUAUUUUCUACAUUAACGCUUUGUUUGUGUUGAACAGUAAAUUAACACCAGAAAAAAAACACGUUUAGACAUUUUUAUUCGUGUUAUUUCAGAUUCAACAGGGGGUACUGUCUUUAUAAAUCUGUUCGUCUAUAAGCCAUAAUAAUGAAAGAAUAAAUUAAUUUUCU